AUGUCUAUAGAGUCAUUUUGUUGUACAUUGGCUACAUUGUUUCCUAAGGUAUUUUGCACAUCAGUUUUAACAUGGUCAGUAUACGCUUUGAUUGUACAUGGAUGUUAUAACACCUUAAUGACUACACAAGGAACGUCGAUAUUUGCUGUCGCCAUUGGCUUAACAGGAUUCAUACUAUACGUAUUAUGUUUAUAUACCUAUUUUAAAGUGUUAAGUGCUGGACCAGGCUCGCCAUCAGAUUUUGAAGAAUUAAGAAUCCGUAAUAUUUUACUGUUGUCAAAACCGAAAUAUAAUUCUGCCAACCCCUAUGAUACAAAUGACAAUAUGAAUACGUCAGCGUCACUUCUUGCAAAUGCUGAGGGAGUUGACGAUACUACAAGUGUUGAAACUGAGCAACCACCUUCUGAGUAUAUGACUUUGCAUAUGUUGAAGAAUAAUAAGUCGUCAUACAGAUAUUGUACGAAAUGCAGUGUAUGGAAACCAGAUAGAUGUCACCAUUGCUCUACAUGUAACAGAUGUAUUUUAAGAAUGGACCACCAUUGUCCCUGGUUUGCUACAUGCGUGGGGUUUUAUAACCAUAAAUUCUUUGCACAGUUUCUUAUUUACGUUACAGCAUACUCAGGAUUUGAUUUCUUGGUAAGUAUUUCGAUUCUUUGGAAAUUCUUUGCUGAAGAAAAAUAUAACGAUCUGUAUUUGUCGUUGAAUUUAGUAUUUUUGUUCGUGUUAAGCUUGGCAUUUUUCAUUACAGUGGGUGGAUUUCUGGCCUUCCUGUUAUAUUUAGUUUUCAGAAAUAAAACAACUAUAGAGUUCCAGGAGAACAGAUAUAACUUCAAGAAUGAUAGGAACGGAAAAAGCUUCCAGUAUGAAUUUGAUGGUUCGGGAAAAAAGAAGAAACUAGGAAAUAUUUUCGAUUUGGGAUGUGGGCGUAACUGGAAAAGCAUAAUGGGGCCAAGAUGGUACUACUGGCUAUUACCAAUUACUGUUACAAAUAAGUCUAUUGAUGCCCGAUUAGAAAAUGGCAUAAACUUUGAAAUUGAUCAUGAUGUUUACGAUAGAUGGUGUUAUAAUGCGCAAUUACAGGAUCAGCUAAAUCAACAAUUAGCGGAUUACAAAAACAGAAUAAGGAUGGAAAGGGAAGCAGCAUAA